AUUCCUCUACAAAUCUGUGCUCUCUCUCUCAGCUUUUAACACACAAACCCCUCUCUCUCUCUCUCACUCACUCGCUCUUGUCGGCUCGCCCUCAAAACCGACCCAACCCGACCCGGUUUUGCGUACGAGCUGAACCAACCAGUUUUCUUGUGUUUGUUGAGAGAAACAUUCGUUGAUUCUUUCUUCGUUGGAUUUUUGCGGAAUAACCAAAACAGAAAGUUCUUUCAUUUAGAGGGUCACUAAGAAACAACCAAAAAUGUCGCGGAAGGGUUUGAUGGAGCAAGACCUGAGUAAACUGGAUGUAACAACGUUACAUCCACUCUCCCCUGAAGUUAUAUCUCGGCAGGCUACAAUAAAUAUUGGCACCAUUGGUCAUGUGGCACACGGAAAGUCAACAGUCGUAAAAGCAAUAUCCGGUGUUCAGACUGUUCGUUUUAAAAAUGAGUUGGAGCGCAACAUCACUAUCAAGCUUGGUUAUGCUAAUGCAAAGAUCUACAAAUGUGAAGAGGAACGGUGCCCUAGACCUAUGUGCUACAAGGCUUAUGGAAGUGGGAAGGAAGAUAAUCCUCUGUGUGAUGUGCUGGGAUAUGAAAACUGCAGGAUGAAAUUGCUGAGACAUGUCUCUUUUGUGGAUUGCCCGGGUCACGAUAUUCUCAUGGCUACAAUGCUUAAUGGAGCUGCAAUUAUGGAUGGAGCUCUACUUCUAAUAGCUGCAAAUGAAAGCUGCCCCCAACCACAAACUUCUGAGCAUCUUGCUGCUGUUGAGAUUAUGCGCCUCCAACAUAUAAUAAUCCUUCAAAAUAAAGUAGAUCUCAUUCAGGAAAAUGUAGCCAUCAACCAGCAUGAAGCAAUCCAGAAGUUUAUUCAGGGAACUGUUGCUGAUGGGGCACCUGUGGUACCAAUUUCUGCUCAGCUGAAGUAUAAUAUUGAUGUUGUGUGUGAGUAUAUUGUGAAGAAAAUCCCCAUUCCAGAAAGGGACUUUGUGUCACCUCCUAAUAUGAUUGUAAUCCGGUCUUUUGAUGUCAAUAAGCCUGGUUAUGAGGUUGAUGAAAUAAGAGGAGGUGUGGCUGGUGGAAGUAUUCUCAGGGGUGUUUUGAAGGUAAACCAAUUUAUUGAGGUUCGUCCUGGGAUUGUUGUUAAAGAUGAGAGUGGGGGCAUCAAAUGCACGCCGAUAUAUUCCAGAAUUGUUUCUUUAUAUGCUGAGCAAAAUGAGCUGCAAUUUGCUGUGCCUGGAGGUCUCAUUGGUGUUGGCACAACCAUGGACCCCACUUUGACACGUGCUGAUAGGUUGGUGGGUCAAGUUCUUGGUGAAGUUGGAUCACUCCCCGAAGUUUUUGUUGAGCUUGAGGUUAAUUUUUUCUUGCUGCGGAGGCUUCUAGGUGUCAGGACUAAGGGCACAGAAAGGCAGGGAAAGGUCACUAAACUGACCAAGUCCGAGAUUUUAAUGUUGAACAUAGGUUCUAUGUCUACAGGGGCAAGAGUUAUGGCUGUGAAGAACGAUCUGGCAAAGUUGCAACUCACAUCUCCAGUGUGCACUAGCAAAGGUGAGAAGAUUGCCCUUAGUCGGCGAGUUGAGAAGCACUGGCGGCUUAUUGGUUGGGGUCAGAUUCAAGCUGGAACCACUCUUGAGAUCCCACCUCGCCCUAUUUGAGUUAAAUCCCUAAACAGGUAGAAAGAACAACCAGUCAAAUCUUUAAAAGAGAAUUAAGGAAGAUGUGGGAAGAUGGACAUUUGUUGGGAACCAUUUUUGUUAGGUGGAGAAGAAAACAGUGCUUGCAUUGCUGUUCCCUGUUUUGUUUCUUUUUUCCUAUGGGAUUGUGUUACUUUGUGCUGAUAUCUUAUUUUGAGUUUUGGACUAGAGUAUUUUUUAUGAGGCUGUUUCUUAUGGACCUCCUCACAGUCAGACAUCGCAUUCUUGUGAAAUUCUCUUAUACAAUAUUGGAGGAUGGUUUCUUUGCGAAUC